CCGACUUGUGCCGCGUCGAUCAUUCCGAUCCAAAGCGCCGGCCGCGAGUUUACCCGACGAAAACGUCCGGGACAUCACGUGGUGCGCUGUUUGAAGGCAUUGUCUCCCAGUCCCUUCGAAGAAUUCAAUCUCCUGAUUUUCUUCGAAAAGCCUCAUCUCUGAUCUCCAUCUUCCAUCCUGCAUCCCCGGCGCUACCAGGGCUGGUCCACCCGCAAUUCUUGCGUCUGUCCUAAACAACGGCGGGCCAUCGGUUGAUUUGCCCCGCGGCAUGACGUCUGCGCUGUCCCUCGACUUCUUCACCGCAUCGGCUGUUGGGGCUUAAUGGGAUCCAACCAGAUCUCUUGUUCUUUUUCCCCCUUGCAAACGAAUUCCAUCCUGUGAGAAGACAGCCGGAACUGUCUGUUUUGUUCUUCGGUGAGAAUUGUGCCGGUUGGAGUUCCGACAGCAAAGCAAAAGACAAAAAAAAGGGAGCUUUCCUCUCCCCGGUCUUACGCCAUUAACUCUCCUUGACCCGGUUUUGGGUCCAAUCUACUACUUCUCCCACGGCUUCCCCCCCUCCAAGUUCCCUAUUCUCCGGCCCUCUUGUCCGGUCGGUUUGUCUGGUCUUGGCCCGAGGUCUUUCGUCUCAAUUUGCCUUUUUCCUAUCUCGUAUUCAUCUCUCGGUUUCCGUUGCUAGUUGCCCAUUAUGGCGGCUGUUAGGAGGGGUAAUGGCCACAAAAGCUAUUUUGCCAGUGUAAGUGCUUGGUUUAGAUGUUCAUGAUUUAUUGAUUGCGUUGUUCCCCGGCUUCUGGCUUCUGGGUCGCUCUGCCUUGGCAGCUGCCCACUACUUGCGUUAUAGUCUGCCCGGUACUUGACCCAGGGAACCUAGUAUACAACUUUUGUAACAGGCUUUCUUCUUUCCUUUUUCUUCUUUUGCUCUCUAUUAGGUUGCUUGUUACUAUCACUCAUUUGCGCUCCAUGCAUACUCUAUCUGCCUGAUUCGCCACACCACUUGACCAUCCCGACCAUCCAGCAAGGAAAAUCCCAUCAAACCCCAGAAUGCUGACUAGAUUGCAGUCAGAUGACACGAAAAUCUGCGUGGUCAUGGUUGGCCUGCCAGCCCGAGGCAAAAGUCUCAUAGCUGGCAAAGGUACGUUCCCGCCUAUCCGUGCAUAGAGUGCACUUGUAGAACGUGAGAUUGACGAAAUCAGCCAUGAGAUAUCUUGCGUGGGUCGGCAUCCCUGCUCGCGUCUUCAACGUGGGCAGCUACCGUCGAAACAACACGCCGCAGCCAACCGCCACUUUCUUCGACCCUCACAACAGCGAGGGCGAGAAAAUGCGGCGAGCUGCCGCGGAAGCUGCCAUGUCUGAUAUGCUCCGAUGGUUUGCAUCGGGAAAAGGCGUCGUUGCUAUCCUUGAUGCCACCAAUUCCACGAGGGAGCGACGUCGCUGGAUCUAUGAGAGCUGCGAUGCGGCCAAUGUGGAGACGUUAUUUGUCGAGUCGAUAUGCGACGAGGAAGACCUAAUAAUGAACAACAUUCUCGAGGUCAAAACCACGUCGCCGGAUUACAAGGGGCAGGAUCCUGAGGUUGCUGCGCUGGAUUUCCGCAAUCGAAUCCGCAAUUACGAAAAGGUCUAUGAGACCAUCGACGAUAACGAGAAGCACUUUACAUAUGUGAAGCUCAUCAAUGUCGGCUCCACGGUAAUCAUUAACCAGAUCAAAGACUAUCUAUCCAGUCGGCUAGUCUACUACAUCCAAAAUCUCCACAUCAAGCCUCGCUCGAUUUGGCUGUCUCGCCACGGAGAGUCCGAGUACAACUUAGUAGGCAAGAUUGGCGGAGAUUCCAGCAUCUCCGAGCGCGGAGAGGCGUAUGCUCGAGCUCUCCCGGGACUUCUGAAAAAGUCGGGUGUUCCUCCUAACACGAAGAUCGUCAUCUGGACGUCCACUCUCCGGCGCACAAUUCAGACGGCCCGUCACCUUGCCGCCGAAACGGGCUUCGAGAAGCUGGAGUGGAAGGCGCUCGACGAGCUCGACUCUGGUGUCUGCGACGGACUCACGUACGAGGACAUUGCGCAGAAAUACCCCGAAGACUUCGCCGCACGCGACGAGGACAAGUACAACUAUCGCUACCGCGGAGGCGAGUCCUACCGCGACGUCGUCAUCCGACUGGAACCGAUCAUCAUGGAGCUGGAGCGCAGUGAAAACGUGAUUAUUGUCACCCAUCAGGCAGUCCUGCGUUGUAUCUAUGCCUAUUUCCUCAACACGCCCCAGGAACAGAGUCCGUGGAUGGAAGUCCCCCUUCACACGCUGAUCAAGCUCACCCCUCGUGCCUACGGUACCGACGAGCAGCGGUUCAAGGCCGAUAUUCCCGCAGUGUCGACCUGGCGGGCGAAAGGGACUUCAGCGAAGCACCAAGAUUACCCUACCACUGAAACGAAGAAUGAAGUCCCCGCCACCAGUGCCUAAACUGGGGUAUGCCUUCGAGCCACUGCAUGCGCACGACACAUUUGGCCCCGUUUGACUCAUCUUCACAUACCCGCUAUACCUAAGAUUCUCCACCAAUUCUACAACUCAUGUAGAAACCCGGGAAACUAUUUCACAUACACACGCAUUAUAUCACGACCUAUCUUCCCAGCGCCGCCUCUUUUUCCUUGCAAGCCUCUUCAUGUUAAAAGUUUGGUUUCGGUUUCCGGCAGCAUGUACAAGUGGACUGUCUGUCUGAUUCAUUUCCUGCAUAUAUUAUCCACCGUUGGAGGCAAUUGCGGUUUAUUUCAUUUACAUUUCCCACUGGUCUGAACCUUUAUAACGAAGCUCACUUUUCCCGCACUAUUGAUGUUCUCUCUUGUUUUCGGGGAAGUGAGUUCUGCAAAUGCGGCCUAUAGAAUUAAUAUAUUCAUCGCUUAUAUGGAAUAGAGAUAGAAUUUCCUGUGCAU